UUGGUUUUUUUGGUUAGGAAGACAAAACUGAUCAGUUGCUCACUAAGGUUUCAAACACCUCAUUUUUUUUUUAGUAAAAUACUGUCUUUGUUUUUGGUAAAAAGUGGGGUCGAAGUACAUGCCAUCUGAUAACAUCUUCACGUGAGGCAUAGUGGCUAAGAGCUACGUCUGCUAGCCAAAACGUCAGCGGUUCAAAUCCACCAGGCACUCCUUAGAAACCCUAUAGGGCAGUUCUACUCUGUCCUUUAGGAUCGCUAUGAGUUGAAAUCAACUUGAUGGCAACGCGUUUUUUUUUUUUUUCUCACAUUCUCCAUAUUAACAAUGAACAUUAAACAUCUUUCUAUAUUAAUAUUCUUCUCUAUGUUGUUUUUUAAAUUUUUUAUUAUGUUUUAGGUGAAAGCUUACAUAGCACAUUAAGUUUCCAUUUAACAAUUUUUAUACAAAUUGUUCCAAGACAUGGGUUACGAUAUUCACAGUGUGUCAGCAUUCUCAUUAUUUCCAUUCUGUUUGUUCUGUUUACAUUGAUCUAACUUUCCUGCCCACCCUUUCAUCUUUGCUUUUGGGUAAAUAUUGACCUUUUGCUCACAUAUAGUGGAUUCUUUAAGGGAUUACAUUAAUUAAGAGUUAAAUUGUUUAUUUUAUAAGUCAAUCUAUUAUGGGGCUAAAAGAAGGCCUCCAAGAGUGGCUUCAUUUCCAAGUUCCAAGGGUAUCUUAGGGCAGUAGUUUUGGGGGUUUCUCUAGUCUCUAUUGGUCUAGUAAGUCUUCAAUUUUUUAGGAAUUUGAAUUUCACACAAGUGUAUUUUUAGGUCACAAUCAGGGUAAAAUUUUACUUAGGCCUUUGUCUGUCCAGGGCAGAAUAAUAAACUUUUCUGAUUUUCUUCCUUCAGGAAAAUGGAUCCAGCCUUCCAGAAAGAACUCACCUGCUUCAUCUGCUUGAACUACCUUACAGACCCUGUCACCAUAGGCUGUGGGCACAACUUCUGUAGGCCCUGUCUCUGCCUUUCCUGGGAAGAAGCUGAAACUCCUGCCUGUUGCCCGCUGUGCAGGCAAACAACAGAGCAGACAGCAUUCAAAACCAAUAUUCUUGUGAAGAAUCUGGUGUCCCUUGCCAGACAAGCCAGUCUCUGGCAAUUCCUGAGCUCUGAGGAACAGAUGUGUGGGACUCACAAAGAGACAAAGAAGAUGUUCUGUGAAGAGAGCAAGAACCUGCUCUGUUUGCUCUGCUCUAACUCUCAGGAGCACGAGGCUCACAGACACUGUUCCAUAGAAUGCGCUGUUGAGGAAUACCGGGAGAAGCUCCGAAAGCAAAUGAGAUCUUUAUGGGAAAAUAUUCAAAAGAAUUGGAGAAAUCUGAAUGAGGAGAGCCUAAUUAUCAAGCUGUGGAUAGUAAGUAUGAGGCUGUUUUCUUUGGAACCAAAAUCCGUGUCUUUGCAGUAUUAUGUGUUUCUACUGUCAGAGAUUAUCAGGUCUGAGUAUCAGAAAUUGCAUCCGAAUCUCCUUGAGGAAGAAAAUCAACAUUUAGAGGGACUGAAAAAUGAAGGCAAGAAGAUAUUUCAGCAACUGAAGAAAAGUGAAGCCACAAUGGUUCAAAAGGGGAGGCACCUGAGAGAAAUGUAUGAGGAGCUGAUGAAUAUGUGCCAUAAAUCAGAUGUGGAGUUGCUCCAGGUAAGAACCGAGGACGCACCUGGAAAUCAUUUCCAGGAUCCAUUUGACAUCAGCUAUAAUAUCCCUGGUUCCACAUCUUCUUCUGAACCUGGGCAGACUUUCUGGCAGGUCCCUGUCAAUCCCUCCCUCCUUUCAGUCUCUCCUUUCAUGACAAUUUUGCCAGUUUCUAACCCUCUCUACCCUCCUACCUCCCCUCCAGACCAGAGAUGCCAACACAGUCUCAAGUGUCCCCCUGAUACAAGUAGCUCACUCUUCGUCAACAUCUCUCUCCAACCCAUUGUCCAGUCCCUUCCAUGUCUGAUGAGUUGGCUGACGUCUUUUUUACAUACUGUGAUGGCCCCUUUGGCACCUGAAAGAUUAACUGAUUCUCCGACUUGCAGGAGUGAGUCCGUGCAGCUGGACAUGCCCCAGCCUGUGAACGCAGCGCUCAGUGCUAGGCCCAUCACUGGCCUGAUAGACAGGUUCCGGCAGUUCCGAGUAUUCUCUUUUUCCACAGUGGAAAUUUCCUUCCGUUAUGAAAUAAGCAGUCAGAAUAUCAUGGUGUUUGAUGACGUGAGAAGUCUGAGGCUAAGACGUGACCUUCAAGAGGUGCCUUUUCCUUCUAGAAGAUCUCAGUACUUUGCUGCAUGGGGGGACCAGGCCUUCACCUCUGGAAAACACUACUGGGAGAUAGAUGUGGACGACUCUUGGGACUGGGCUGUAGGAGUCUGUAAGGAUACCUGGUUAAGGAAGAAUGGCUCACUGGUUGAAUCUGAGAACGUAUUUCUUCUUUUAUGUGUGAAGGAUGUUAAUCGUUACAAUCUCUUGACUACUUCCCCAGUGUUUCCUCAGUAUAUAGAGAAACCUCUGGGGCGAGUUGGUGUGUAUAUAGAUUUUGACAGUAGAAGUAUGAGUUUUGUUAAUGUUGCCAAAAGUUCCCUCAUAUGGAGAUACCCAGCCUGCUCCUUCAAUUACCCUCUCAGGCCUUUCUUUUGUACUGGCCACACAUGAUAGUGGUGAAUUCAGGAACCUGGAAACUCCAUAUCUGAGGGAGUCCUUCUCAGUUGAAGCUGAUCAAUAAUAUUUUAUUGUCUUUUAUUUUGUUCUUCUUUAAAGUAACAUUUUGUUGUUAUUAACUAUGAAAAAAAGUUGGAAAUGAAAACUUUCGCUAGUUCAAUUUUUUUUUAAUUAAAAUCAUCUCUUUUGGCACAUUACAUUGCAUAUAUACUGUGAUUAUUCACGUGUUUUAUGAGGUUGCUGGAGUUAGAAGCAUAUAUAACAAAAACUUUGAAAGCUGGAACUUGAGGGGACUGCCUUGUAUUUCAAUCUUUGUUAAGUGGAAAAUUGUUAAAAACUUCUUGGGGGUGGUGUCUGACCUCCUCCAGCCCCACAAGAGGAUAGGGGAACCAAGAUCAACAGCGCAAAGUUGACUCCCAGGAGGCAGAGGCCAGACAAGUCUCUUCUCUCUACCAUCUUUACUAAUUCUGAAACAAACCACCCCUCACACAGCACUCUCUACUUCUCUGCCGGAUGCAAUAAUUCUUUGCAAUGGCCACACAGAACUCAGGCUAUACUCAGGAUUAUAGGGUUUCUUAUAAGGGAAGUAACAAUUACAAUUCAGGCCCUGGAACAUUCAAGAUAAGAGUCUUCCAUCAGGAUAGCCUCUUCCCAGCCGUGCUCACAAGUUUGAUUCUCCUUGGCCCUCAGUCUCUGCCCAAAGACACUCAACUUUGUCUUCAGUGGAUUGGGAAGCUACUGUACCCUCUCCUGCUGCUAGGUCUCUGCUGCUGGGUCUCCCCUGUUGGUUUCUCCUUCCUUGGUGGUGGUGGGUUCCUCUCUGCUCUGGCUCCCUCUUAAGGCAUAACUGACCAAUCCCCUUGGUAGGCCACAAUUAGCCUAUCACACAAUCAACUGAGUGUGAGUUCCCAGAUCAUGGCUAGAAAGGCCAUACACAAAAAUAAUUAAUCACACAGCAAAAAUAUUUGAUUUUUCCUCCUGACAGGUUUACACUUUAUAUGGGUUCCAGCUUUCACAGAUUUUACUGUAUGAGUGUGAUUCCAUCUUAAUGGUGUAAUAGAGGAACACAGAGUGUUUGCAUCAUAAAGAAACCCGGUUAUCUACAAUAUAUGUGUCAGUCUGGAAUAUUCUUCUCCCUCAUCUUGAUCUCUUAAAAUCCUUCUCAAUUCAUCCUUAGGGAAAAACUCUUUACAGGGAAAUAUUCCUGGGUCCUCAGGACCAGGACAGGCCUGUCUUUAUAUAAGUCUUUUAUUUUGUCCUUUCCCUUUUAACCGUAUGCAUUAUGAGAUAAAGGAAGUGUCUCUUGUAUUCACUGCUAUUUCCUACAGGUAACACAAUGCCUAAGAUAUAACAGGCUCUUAACAAAUAUCUGA